AUGCAUAACGAAAUAGCACUAUCGACGUCGGCCUCGGACCGCGACAAUCUUGAGAAGCCCACCGACCAGUAUGACGAAGAAGGCAACACGGACCUGGCUGCGGCUAAUCCCAAACUGCAACGACGUGUUUUGCUCAAACAAGACCUGACAAUCCUACCAAUUCUAGCGAUCUGCUACUUCUUCUCGUAUGUCGACCGAGGCCAGAUCGGCAAUGCACGAAUCCUUGGCCUACAAAAAGACUUGGGCUUGAGUGCAGACCAGUACUACAACACCCUCCUUGUCUUCUUCAUAGGAUACGCGGUAAUCGAGCUACCUUGCUGUCUGGCCCUACUCUACAUCAGACCAAGUCUUCACUUCGGCGUCGCUACUGUCGUCUUUGGCAUGCUCGCCACCCUCAUCGCUGCAAUACACAGCUAUGGCGCCUUGAUCGCUAUUCGGUUUUUGCUGGGUCUAAGUGAAGCUUUUGUUCAGGCUGCUUUCAUCUUCGUCAGUCUGUGGUAUCAACGAGACGAGCUCGCGCUACGCGUCGCCAUCUUCUGGAACGCAACACCAUUGGCUGGUGCCGUGAGUGGUCUGAUAGCCUAUGGGGUCGGCAAGAAUCUGCAUGACGCUCACGGUAUAGCGGCAUGGCGAUGGCUGUUCAUAGUCGAGGGUGUACCGACGAUAGCUUGGGGGCUGCUGGUGCUGUUCCUACUGCCUUCGCGACCAGAUACAGUGGCUGAGAAGGGCAGUUGGCUCUUCCGGAGCCAAGCCGAACGGGAGCUGAUCAGGAAAAGAACUCUCAAAGCCAAGAACGCCAUCAAUGCAAAAUUCACUCCUCAGCAAAUGCUCGCGGCGCUGAAGGACGUCAAGCCGUGGCUCGACUGCCUGAUUCUACCUGCGUUCGGGCUCGGUGUAGCUGCGUUCACCCUGUUCACACCCACAUUCAUCAGAGAGUUUGGCUUCUCACCAUUGAACACUCAACUACUCACCGUCAUCCCCUACGGCGCUGCUUUCAUAGCCGUCCCAAUCAUCUGCACGAUCUCCGACCGGUAUGCCGCCCGAGCCGUACCUCUCCUCUUCUGCUACGCAAUCUCUGCUGCGGGAUUCGUCCUGCUCCUGGCGACAACCAACAAGGUCGCUCGUAUCGCAGGGACAAGCCUUGUCGCCAUUGGCUCCAACACCGGCACGGUACUCGCUGCGACCUGGGUCACAGUGACGUAUCCCAACUUCACGAAGAAGUCCACUGUCUGGGCGCUCUGCCAGUUCGUCACGCAGGCAUACAGUAUCCUUGGCACGAAGAUCUACGAUAAGCCGCCGCGGUUCUUCAAGGGUCAUGGGACGUUGCUUGGGUUGCAGACGCUGGCUGCUGUUCUGGUGUGCGUGAAGGCGUACCUGAUGUGGAAGGAGAAUAAGAGGAGGGAUUUGGCCAGGGAUCAAGCUCUUGGGAAUGGUGCGAGCGAGCAGUCGGUAGCAGGUGAAAACGGACUUGAGGAGGCCGCUGAUGAGAAACAUCGGGAUUUCAGGUAUCUUCUCUAG